AUGGCCACCGAACGCCGCAUCACGGAUCUCCCGUUGGAGAUAAGACAGCAGAUAUUUCGCGAAUACUUCAAAGUCCAAGGCGGCUACGUCUACAACAGCCAGUCCGACAAGCUUAGGAACGCCGACGAUACCCUGAUCGACCUCUCUCUCAUCUGCACAUGUCGCUCGAUUGCCAAUGAUUGUAAGCAUCUCCCUCUUGCCGUCAAUACGAUCCAUUUCUCAACCCUCUACCGCGAGGACUGGCGCAGUCUAGCAGGAUGCUUCAAUCUUGUAGCGGCAUAUUAUUACGUAUUGCAACAAGAUAUCGUGCUGCACCUAGCCCAUCUCAUCACCCCAGAAAUGCAUGCUCAAUUGGAGAACAAGUUCCCCGGAUUCCGUUCAAAACUUGACGCCGAACGAACCUUUCACUUUCGCACCUGGGACACUGGCGAUCGCACCAUACCUGAUCAAGAUUUGGACAACACGAGCACCUCAAACCACAUGCGACCUGCUGUAUGCCAGUUCGUGCGAGACUUUUAUGACUUCGAAAUCAGUGAAUAUGACAAGAACCAUCCGUAUCCGAGGCCCUAUCAGGGCUAUGCUGGGGCGCUUGAAUACCCUGGUCCAUCCUUCCCCAGGGACUAUCGACCGGACUCAUGCGAAGAGGCCUACCAACAAUGGGACAAGUACUCUGGAGAAGUCCGCCAGUGUUUAACUCAUUGUCUGAGACUCAUUGCAGACGAGAACCCGGAGGAAUUUAGCAACCGGGUAUACACAAGUUUGCCACAUUGGAUCGGCAAAUAUUCUGCAAAAGAAUUCUUCGACCUUCGCUUCGAUUGCUGGGCGAUUCCCUCACAAUCUCAAGUUCAAAACGCUAUGGAACGUCUUUACAUCCCUGAUUUUGUGUGGAAGCUUCCCAAUCUUUGGUCUUACUCAUGGAAACCGAAACAAUUGGACAAGCUCAGGAGCCUACCAAAAAGUUAUUUUCUCGAGGACUACGAACAUCCACCUUUUCAAUUCAACGCUCGCGGGCGCGGAUUGGCCAGAUUCUCUGCUGCUGCCACUGCGAUUCGAUUCCUCAGUAUUCUUCCCAACACUCAACGGACCCAAACCCGUGCUCUGAUCCUCCAUGAGGAUUCUCCAUCAGUGAACAGAUCGUCCCUUCAUUGUAAUGGGUUGAUUCCUUUCUUUAAAGAGAACCCUUUGCUUCAGGUAGAGCGUCGCUUCAAUAUUGUCAAUGCCGUCGACAUCACGGGCAGCUAUGGCAACGUCGACGAGGUCAUGUCUAGCUGGGCACAAGGGUCCUGUGAGACUAUAUUUGAUGAUGAAGCAAUCAUUACAAAUAUGUCCCGGUGGCUUCUAGAUACUAUCGCAACUUGUAAUGAAGGCAUUCCUACUGGAUCACUAACCCUGCUACUGGAAUCAGACCCCUACACGGAUUUCUGCACAGAGGCUUUCCAGGAAUUAAUCCACAGCCGCAUUGCCCAGGGUCACGCUAUACGCGAUUGUUUGGAAUUGGGUCUUUUCAAACACCUUACAAGCAAACAGGUGGAAGAGUUGAGGCGCCAGUUCACAUUUGAAGAUGGAUUCGAGGAAGCCAUGGUUCAUUUGGUCAACAAGACAUCCACGGUGUUUCGCUGCGACUUUAACCCUGGAGUUCCCGAAGACUGCCAGAAGAUAGUGAACGAUAUGAAAGCUACCAGUCCGGCAGAUAUUUGGAAGUAUUGGGAGACAAAGCGACUCGCUCUUGGUUAUGUCGAUCUACCAGUUGAGUGGACCAGGGAGAUGAUCUCCAAGGUGUAUGAGAUUGAGACAGAAGAUGAACAUUUCCAAGCAAGGUCAUGCGAUAGUGAGCAAUGUCGAUUUGAAUAA